AUGUCAAAGAACAAGACUUCAGGACACAAAGGUGCAUAUGGCUAUCAGAAGAAAGUGGAGCGGGAAGGUCGAAGCUGUGUGCGGUAUAAAUGUGGCCUGCUAAACACCAUCCAGGAAGUUCUCCGCCACAGACCAGGCUGGAUGGAAGUGAAGGAUGAGGGAGAGUGGGACUUCAACUGGUGUGAUGUGGGAUGGUUGAGAGAAAAUUUUGAUCAUUCCUACAUGGAGGAACAUGUAAGGAUAUGCCACUUUCGCAAUCAUUAUGAGCUUACCCGCAAAAACCUCAUGGUGAAAAAUUUGAAAAGGUAUCGCAAAAACCUCGAAAGGGAAGCUGGUCGCAUAGAAGCAACCAAGUGUGACUUUUUCCCCCGCACCUUUGAACUGCCCAGUGAGUAUCAUCUCUUUGUAGAGGAGUUCAAAAGAAGUCCUGGCAGCACCUGGAUCAUGAAACCGGUGGCAAGAUCUCAAGGAAAAGGUAUUUUCCUGUUCAGAAAACUAAAGGACAUCAUGGAUUGGAAAAAGGAUGGAACACGCUCAGAAGAUCAGAAAAAUGAAACUCAAGUGGAAAGCUACGUAGCACAGCGUUACAUAGAGAACCCCUACCUCAUUAGUGGCAGAAAAUUUGAUCUGAGAGUUUAUGUGCUGGUAACAUCAUAUAUCCCAUUAAAGGCCUGGUUAUAUAGAGAUGGCUUUGCCCGCUUCUCCAGCACCCGCUUCUCUCUCAGCAGUAUUGAUGACCAGUAUGUGCACCUCACUAAUGUAGCUGUUCAGAAAACAGCACCUGACUAUGAUCCUGAAAAGGGGUGUAAGUGGCAGAUGCAGCAGCUUCGUAGGUACCUGACUGCCAAGCAUGGGACAGACAGAGUGCAGACCCUGUUUAAGGACAUGGACAACAUUUUUGUCCGCAGUCUCCAGAGUGUACAAAAGGUCAUAAUUAAUGACAAGCACUGCUUUGAGCUCUACGGCUACGACAUUCUGCUGGACCAGGAGCUUAAACCGUGGCUAAUCGAAGUAAAUGCCUCUCCGUCACUCACAGCUAGUAGCCAAGAGGAUUAUGAGAUGAAGUGUCGGCUCCUGGAAGACACACUACAUAUAGUUGACAUGGAGGGAAGACUGACCGGCAGAGAGAAGAGAAUUGGUGGCUUUGACCUUAUGUGGAAUGGUGGAACGGUCUUCAAAGAAGAUGUCAAUCUUGAGACAAUGGGCAGUUCUUGUUUCACCACCAAUACUCAUUUAGGUUGUGUGAAUGACAGGGAGGAGCAGCUCCGACAGCUUCUAAAACCAUUUCCCAGCCAGAAGAGGAUAUGA